AUGAGAGGCCAGCGACGGAUCUGCGAAUGCACCCAGCGCCUUAAGGAGGGUGUGGAGGUGAUCGGGGAGAUCUCGGACGGAAACAGCGAGGACAUCCAGGAGCUGCGACUAGGUCAAAUCGAGUUCGAGAAGGCUGGAGAUCAAGGAGCUUUGCAUUCAAGACUCGGACAGCAAUUUCAGACGCUCUGGUACACGUCCGACGGGAUCGAUACCAAGGAAAUCUGGGCGAGGCUGCUGACAUUGCAGUCGCCGUUUUCGAGACUGCGGAAUACCUAG